AUGGACACGUCGUCAACCCUCGCGACGAGCGCCAACCCGACAAUUCCCGCCGAACAGCUUGCCGCACUUACAUCGCUGCUGUCGGGACUCACCGCUGCCGCUUCCGGCACUACCGCACCCGCCACGACAUCCGGCUCCAAUCGCAAUGCCUUCCCGAAGCAUGCGCGGUUGGACGGGCCGAAGACGUUCGCGAACUGGACACGCCAGCUUCGCCUGUGCCUAGCGGACGACAUCCGCUCCUACGUCCUCGACGGAAUCACCCCCGACGAUUGGACGCCUUCGCAACGCUCCGCCCGCGACGUCGUGGCACGCGAGAUCCUUGCAAACUCAAUCGACUCGGCCGAAGUCUCGGCAGUCCUCGACAAGAUCCCUACGGCCGACCUCACAGCGCCCAAGAUUUACUCGACGCUGAAAUCGCGAUACGCCCCUGAUGACGCCACUCGCACGCUCGAGCUCUUCUCGCGACUCUGGGGCUUCCGACCCAUGCCCGGAACGGUUGGCGAAUUUGACAGUUGGAUCAUGGACUUCAAGUCGGUCGCGCAAGAGAUCAUCGAUACGAAAACGACGAUCAACGACGUCCUUGCCACACUCCUCCUCGCGAUCGCCCACCCGUCACUCGAGAGCUUCAAGGCAACGUUCACCGACGAACAACGCACGCAACGAACUCUCCCUGACAUCGAUUCAGUGGCCGACCGUAUGCGAGUUCAACUCCGGUCAACGAACCUCUCCAACGAUCAAUCGGCCCUCCUUGCCUCGUCGUCGCCACGUUCUACCCGUACCAAGUGCCUCGCCUGUCGCAGCCCUUCUCACCGCGUCGCACAAUGCCCUACAAGGGCCCAGCAUCCACCGCCAGGCCCGUGUCGCUCCUGCAAGAAGAAGGACCACUGGUCUUUCGACUGCAAAAAGGCUCUUGAGGACGGGAAAACGCCCGACACCUCUGAUGCGCAACACCAUGUCGGAUGUCUCGCCACCGGUCUUCUCGCACAUCGUCGUCAGCUUCGCAACAACUCCUUCGUCGUCGACUCGGGUGCCACUUCGCACAUGGUCUCGGACAAGUCGCUGUUCACGGCCUAUCGCCACAUCGCUCCUACGAAGAUUGGUGGUAUUGCAGGGGGCAUCAACGCCGUCGGAACGGGAAACAUCGCCUUUGUUGCCGCCUCCGGUCACCCGAUCACGCUUACCGGCGUGCUGCACACCCCGGGCCUGUCUGUCAACCUCCUCUCGGUCUCUCGACUUUGCGACACCGACGAUGUCCGUGUCGCCUUCACGAAGCACGGCAUCCAUAUCGACAAGAACGGCAAUGCUAUCGCUGAAGGCGCAAGACUCGAGGAAGGGCUCUACUUGCUGGACGCUGAUCAUUCCAAAUGUCAGCAUCUCGCUCUCCUCUCUCGCUCACAGUCUUCCGUGCCCCUGCUGACCCUUCACCGCUGCCUCGGCCAUCUCGCACCGUCGUCCAUACAGAAGAUGGUUGCCGCUGGUUUGCUGGAAGGUCUCGGGGCCGGAUAUAGUGACGAAGAGGUAGAGAAGUUUGUCUGCAAUGCUUGCCUCAGUGCAAAGGGCCAUCGUCUUCCUUUUCCCGAUUCGGACUCGCACUCCUCAGAGAGACUCGGCCUCGUACACAGCGAUGUGCUUUCCUUUCCCGAGUCGUCCUUGACUGGCAAGCGUUACCUGGUCACGUUUCUUGACGACUUCUCGCGCAAACUGUGGGCAUACGCGAUCGGACACAAAAGCGAAGUCUUUGGCGUGUUCAAGACAUGGCUUGCCGAGGUCGAACUCGAGACGGAUGCAAAACUGAAGGUCCUCCGAACCGACAAUGGUGGCGAAUACUGUUCGAGAGCGUUCACGGAAUUCUGUAAGGCACGCGGCACACGUCGACAAUACUCUAUCCCUCGAACGCCUCAACAGAACGGUCGUGCCGAACGAGUCAAUCGUUCUAUCGUCGAAGGUGUCCUUGCCCUCCUUGCAGACGCCCACUUACCCAAAUCAUUCUGGGAGGAGGCAGCAGCUUAUUUCGUCUACUGCAAGAACCUGUGCGAACACUCGGCCCUGGACAAGGCAACACCGAACUUCGCCUGGCAGGGCGACCGCACCAACGCCUCGGCGCUUCACCCGUUCGGCUGCACGGCUUGGCUCACAGUCGCGCCUGAACUUCGCUCGAAACUCGACCCGAAAGCGGUUCGCGUUCUCUUCACCGGCUAUGACCUGGCUUCUAAAGCCUUCCGUUUCUACGACACGACGACCAAGAAGAUCAGUUUGGGCAGAAAUGCCAGGUUCCUCGACAACGAAUUUCCCGGGUUACGUAGCGACUCCACCGAGCAAGACGCCGACACGCACUUCGCCAGCGCUUGCCCGACCACCGAAUCCCAAGCCGUUGUCAAGACAUGGACCCCACUAGUAAGGUCGGCGCACAUGGACGUCUCAUCCUCUCUUGAUGACUCUGCCAUGAGCGCCGUUGACGUGGCCCCAGGGUACACUGGCGGAACCUUACUUAAUUCCACAGAUGCCGAAUCGUCCUCGUCACCGUCUCCUGAGCCGUCCUCGUCACCGUCGCCCGCAACUCCCUUGUCACCGUCGCCUGCGCUGUCACCGUCGUUGGCUGCGUCAUCGUCACCCUCGGCCUUACCGACCGACUCUGACUACUCCGCCGACCCUCUGGACCUCAUCGGCUCACAGACCCCGACUCGCCUCGGCCCACCGGACGUGCACCGCCCAGACUUCAGCACGUACCGUGAGCCCGCAUCGGCUGAGGAGUCGCCCGACGAACUCGACAUCAUUGGGCGCCACUCGCGCGAUGAAUCGCCGGACGAAAUCGAUUUCCUCACCCAACACCACCGCGCCUUCAUCGCCACCGACGACGACAACUCUGACACAGAAGCCAUUCAACCAGUCAAGUCCAUCACCAGCGACCCACAGACAUGGCGCGAGGCAAUGUCGAGUGACAAGCGCGAAGUGUGGGCCAAGGCCGCUACCGACGAGUUCAAUUCCAUGCGCGACGACUUCAAGGUCUUCACCAUCGAGGACCGAUCCACGGUACCAGCGGGUGCGACCAUCGUCACAUCCAAGUUCGUCUGGAAAACGAAACGGAAUGCACUCGGCGAAGUCACCGGCCACAAGGCACGGCUCGUGGCGCAGGGAAAUCGGCAACGCGACGGCAUCGACUUCAACGAAACCUUCGCACCAGUCGCACGCUUCUCCUCGAUACGCUCACUCCUCGCGCUGGCGGCCGCCAACGGCUUGCACGUGCACCAGGCGGACAUCGACAAAGCCUAUCUGCAUGGCGACCUUGACCAUGACAUCUGGAUGACGACACCGCGCGGCUUCGACCUUCCCACCGACAAGGUGCUUCGUCUGCGACGCUCCAUCUACGGACUCAAACAGGCUGGCCGAAUCUGGAAUCGACACAUCGACGCAUCGCUUCGAGAUCUCGGCUAUACGGCGACGGGCACCGACCACUGCGUGUACUCUCGGAUCGACGAUCGGCGACGCCCACACUACAUCGCGCUGUACGUCGACGACCUCCUGAUGAUCAGCCCCGACUUGGCCGAAAUUGAACGUGUCAUCUCGGGCCUCGAACAACGCUACGGCGUCAAGCGCCUCGGCCCGGCAGAGUACAUCCUCGGCAUCCAGAUCAGGCGACUCGAAGACGGUUCUAUUGCCCUGUCCCAGGAACGGUACAUCAUGGACGUGCUUGCUCGGUUCCACUUCGACACCACGACUCGCGGCACUACAGUCCCGAUGACCCCCGGCCUUUCGCUCACCGCCAUCCCGGGUCAAGGCACCGAACGGAUCAGGUCAUGGUAUCUGCAGGCUAUCGGCUCGCUCCUCUACAUUUCGCUCGGCACCCGCCCCGACAUCGCCUUCGCCGUGUCCUACCUGGCCCGCUUCGCCAACAACCCUGGACGUCGUCACUGGAUCGCGGUCAAGCACAUCCUCCGCUAUCUCCGGGCCACAUAUCGCGACGAACUGGUUUAUGCUUGCGGCGAGACACGCAUCACGGGCGUGGUUGGCUACUCCGACGCGAACUGGGGGGCCUGCGUCGAUACGUCGGUGUCCACUAUGGGCUACGUCUUCUACAUUGCCGGAUCCGCCGUGUCUUGGUCGUCCAAGCGUCAAUCUCGAGUUGCCGAUUCUACCACCGACGCUGAAUACCUCGCCCUCUCGCAUGCUGGCAAGGAAGGGAUCUACCUCAGUCAGCUGCUCGAGGAGCUCCAUGUCCAACCUGUUGCACCGGCUCACAUUUUUACUGACAAUGAAGCCGCUGCCGCAGUUGCCCACGACCCUGUCCGCGUCUCCGGCACUCGACACAUACGCUUGCGCGAGCACUUUGUUCGGGACAUGGUGAAUCGGGGCGAUAUCUCACUCUCGCAUGUGGGAACCAGCAACAUGGUGGCCGACAUCUUCACAAAGGCUCUUGGCCCAAAGAUUUUCUCGACACACUGCUACGCACUAGGCCUUCGCACUCGACACCCACGGCUUGGAUCUGCCUCGCAUUCGCGUGGGGGGGGGUGUGAAGAGUCCACUCUCAGCUCGACAGGGGCGCCUCGGUCGUUGCGCGCGCCUGCUAGCCUGGCCCCUGUGGUGGGGACUUAG